GAAAAUGGAGUCCGUUACCAUCACUGCUACUACUACUAUUGCGACUUAUUCGUCCUCUUCAUCCAGUUUUCGUCCCUUCUGAGCCAGACGAAUAGCACCAAAGCCCGACGAGGACUUUUAAAAGAAGAUUUAAUCGCUGCUUUUACAUCACAUGGAGCAGAUUGGCAGCGUCAUGGUUUGGCUCAGUGGCACCCUUGUGAGCGGCUGCAUUUCCUGGAAUAAGCUGGAACCCGAGCCCUGAAAGCCACACCAUGGAGCACCUGUAGAACCCCCGCCAGUACCCCCAGGGCCUCAUACAAACAAACAAGCGACAACAAUCUCUGAUCGCCUACAGGAGAGUCUUCAUUAUCUAUUUAGGUCAGCCACCAACGGCGACAACUGUAUUGCUUGACCUACGGGCACCGCGGCCAUGAGGCCCAAGACAUUCCCGGCAGCACCCUACGUGGGCAACACACGCCAAAGGCUCCAGGAGAUCAAGGAGGGCCUGAAGCAGCCAGCCAAGCUGGUGAGUCAGGCACUGCAUGGGGGUGGCCAGCGGGCCGAGGGCGCCGGCCGCCCCACCGACUGCAAGGGCGGCAAGGACGCGGCCGGGCGACAGCAGCCCGUGCGGCCGCCGCAGAAGUUCAACAACUACCAGAGUGCCCUGCGUGAGAUCCGCAAGUCGCUCAUGCCCUUUGCCAACGAGUCAGGAGCCUCGUCGGGGUCCAGUCAACCAGCCGUCGAGGUCAACCGGCAGAUGCUGCAGGAGCUCGUCAACGCCGGAUGUGACCAGGAAAUGGCUGUCCAAGCGCUGAAGCAAACGGGGAGCAGGAACAUUGAGGCGGCCCUGGAAUACAUCAGUAAGAUGGGUUACCUGGACCCUCGCAACGAGCUCAUUGUCCGCAUUAUCAAACAGACUUCGCCAGGAAAAGCUGGCAUGCCCCCCUCGAUGGACCAUCGUCCCUCGCUUGAGGCUGCAGGUGAAGCUGCUGGUGCUAUGCCCCCUUACCACCCAAUGUAUGAGGGUGUGGCUGGAUACUGUCCAGAAGGCGAGAUGCCCAGACCCUACAUGAGCGCUCCCCCUAUCAUGAACUACAUGAUGCCGCCCUCUGGAGCGGCACAGGGCCCCCCCAUGGGGAACCCAAUGGGUCGACCGCCCAGCAUGGGUACCUACGCACCAGUGAUGGCCCCUCAGAGUAACCCGGCCAACCCCUUGUAUCCCCCAGGGGCCCAGCAGAAAGGCUAUCCUGGUGGUAUGGAGCAACACGGGCCCAUGAUGAGCUACAAUGUCCCCGGUCAACCGUUACCACCAGGGGCCCCAGUGCCGGGCCCCCAUUAUGACUAUAGCCAUCCCCGGCCUCACUUAAUGGAGCCUGCAGGCUAUGGAAUCAAGAGAACUGCCUCCUUUCAGAACAAGAUGGCACCAUCCCCCAUGGCUGCCCCAGACAACUAUGUAAACAUCCAAGGUAAAGGGGCCAUGGGCCAGAAUGGGCCAGGAGGAGGUGCGGGGGGAUACCCCAUUAAUCUGUACCUGGCUCCUCACUCGCACCCACGUCAGGCAAGCCCCACCUCCCACCAGGUCCACAUGAUGUCCCGUUCCCCAGGCGGAGUACCACCCAUGGGCCCGGACUUCCCCGAUCUUCCCCAGGGUUUGAUGACGCCAUCCAGGGCAAGCCUCAACCUGGACUUGUAUGAGCACCACUGGGCGGGGCCCCCAGGUCCUGAAGGGGCCCCCCAAGCCAGACAGCCCCAACCCCAGGGGCCAUUCAGGUGUGAGGUCAGGGUGCCCAGCAGGGCCAACUCCUUCAACAGCCGCUCCACCGUGUCCAACGGGGUUCGGCCUCCCAUGAGCGCUCCCCAGGAUCCUUCCCUGGGUGCUCCCAACACGAUCACAGCAGUCACAUCUCCACCUAUCCAACAGCCAGUCAAGAGCAUUCGAGUGAUGAGACCGGAACCUAAGACAGCGGUGGGACCGUGCCAUCCUAGCUGGAUGACGGCCCAAGGCCAAGAAACGGCAGAACCACUGGCCUACAUGCCAGAGGAUACCUACUCCCUGGAACCCCCCCAGGACCCCCGCUGUCCGCCACCACCUUACCCCAAGAAUCUCAUUAUGUCACCUGGUGAGAACGGAGCCCUGGAGGUGGCUGGAGCUGUAGGUGGGACUCAGGAUCUCAGUAGUCCCGUUUCUCGAAGUACACACAGCGGCAGCGGAGCGACUGAUGAUGGAUCCCAGCAGAUUAAGGAGAAGACAAAGGCCGGCAAGGUUGAAAAAACGGUCAAAGACAAGAAGCAGAUCCAGACGUCGCCCGUCCCAGUUAGAAAAAACGGCCGAGAUGAGGAGAAGCGAGAAUCCCGGAUCAAGACCUACUCACCCUUCGCCUUCAAGUUCUACAUGGAGCAGCACAUCGAGAAUGUCAUGAAGACCUACCAGCAGAAGCUCAACCGCCGCCUUCAGCUGGAACAGGAAAUGUCCAAGGCUGGCCUGUCCGAGGCAGAGCAGGGCCAGAUGAGAAAGAUGCUCAACCAGAAGGAGUCCAACUACAACCGGCUGCGGCGAGCCAAGAUGGAGAAGUCCAUGUUUGUCAAAAUCAAGACCCUGGGCAUCGGCGCCUUUGGGGAGGUGUGCUUGACGCGCAAGGUGGACACGUACGCCCUGUACGCCAUGAAGACCCUGCGCAAGAAGGACGUCCUCAACAGGAACCAGGUGGCCCACGUGAAGGCUGAGCGUGACAUAUUAGCGGAGGCGGACAACGAGUGGGUCGUGCGCCUCUACUACUCCUUCCAGGACCGCGACAGCCUGUACUUUGUCAUGGACUACAUCCCCGGCGGCGACAUGAUGAGCCUUCUGAUCCGCAUGGGCGUCUUCCCUGAGCCACUGGCGUGCUUCUACGUGGCUGAGCUGACACUGGCCAUCGAGAGCGUCCACAAGAUGGGCUUCAUCCACCGGGAUAUCAAGCCCGACAACAUCCUCAUCGACCUGGACGGACAUAUCAAGCUGACAGAUUUCGGCCUGUGCACAGGGUUCCGAUGGACGCACAACUCCAAGUACUACCAGAAAGGAAGCCACGUGAGACAGGACAGCAUGGAGCCCAGCGAUUUCUGGGAUGAUGUGUCUAACUGCCGCUGUGGUGACCGACUGAUGACGCUGGAACAGAGGGCGAAUCGGCAACACCAGCGCUGCCUGGCCCACUCGUUGGUGGGGACACCCAACUACAUCGCCCCUGAGGUGCUGCUGCGCAAAGGUUACACGCAAUUAUGUGACUGGUGGAGCGUCGGGGUGAUCUUGUUUGAGAUGCUGGUGGGGCAGCCACCCUUCCUGGCACCCACUCCCACAGAGACUCAAAUUAAGGUGGAUGUAAUCAACUGGGAGAGUACGCUACAGGUGCCCGCCCAAGUCAAACUAAGCCCGGAAGCCGUGGAUAUCAUCGGACGCCUCUGCUGCUCGGCCCAGGACCGCCUGGGUGCCAACGGCGCUGGUGAGAUCAAGGCGCACCCCUUUUUCACUAAGGUGGACUUCUCCAGCAACCUCCGCCAGCAGCCCGCCCCCUACCGACCCAAGAUCGCCCACCCUAUGGACACAUCCAACUUUGACCCGGUGGAUGAGGAGGGCAGCCCCGGGGCCUGGAGCGACAGCGGGGACAGCACCCGGGCCCUGGACGCGCUAUGCUCGCCCCACGGCAAGCACCCAGAGCACGCCUUCUACGAGUUCACCUUCCGCAGGUUCUUCGACGACAACGGCUGCCCCUUCCGUUACCCCAAGCCCCUGGAGGGUGGUGAGGGCCCGCCCAGCCCUGAGGAAGAGGAUGAGGAUGAAGACGACGACGAGGAAGCAGGGGAAGGAUGUGAGCCGGUGUACGUUUAGACCACCUGUCACUGAUGGACUCCCCUAGGACUGACACCCUCCUCGCACGGGACCAACAAGCACCAGCUGCCACUUGACGAGUCUGGUAAGAAUGACAACUAGUCAGGAGUCCCAAGCGAUAGCACCUCAGUCUUCCUUCCAUUCCUUUCUUUCGUCUUACAUGACUGAAACACGGCAAAGUGACUUUGAUUAAGCGCUUUUUUUUUUUUUUUUUUUUUUGCUUUUUUUUUAUAAACAUUGAAAUGUGAAGAGGGAGUUGGGUAAAUUCAUCGGGAAAGGUGGGCAUGGGAGUAGGACUGAACCAAAGCGACUCACAAAGGGGUGACAAAUUUCUAGGGAAGUUUAGGAGGGGAAUGUUGGACAUAUUCAAAGCUGGACACUCUCCAUGGGAAGUUUAGAUAUGUUUAGAAUACACUAUAUAUAUUCCCCACAGACUAUCUGAAAGACAAGGGAUUGCAUACCCACUUAUUUUGCGGUAUAUAGGGCAGGGCAGCUUGUCGGAAUCCCUAAUUUUAUGAAGGAAAAAAAAGACAUAAUUUUAUGAGAAUAAGUGGUAUAUUUUCGAGGUCUUUUUUUGUAAAUGUAAAAUAACAAAAAAAACCAACAAAUUUUCUUUAAAAAACAAAAUGAAAAUCCAACUUUAUUCUUGUAAUUUUGUUUUUUUUUAUCUGUUGAAAUUCCAGGAAUUUACCAAUUUUUAAAUGAUUUUGGAGGGGGAAAAAAAAUUCCAACUUUUUUUCUGUUGAAAUUCUUCACAUUUGUGAAUUUUUACCAAUUCUGGCGUCUCUUUAUGUCGUUUACCAAGGGGCGCAGCUUGUGAGAAUCCAUAAUUUUAUAAUAAAUUAUUUUUCAAGGAACAAAUUCCUAAAUUAAUGUUAUGUAAUUUUAGAAAACUUACCAAAAAGGUCAUGACAAAAAAAUGGCAAUAUACAAUAAAUAAAUAAAAGUGUUUUUUUUGUUGUUUUUUUUUUUAUAAAAAUCUGACCUCACUAUAUUCUUGUAAUUUUCUCACUUUUUGCCUACAUUGAAAUUAAGUUUCCAUCUUUGGCAAUUUUUGAAUAUUUUAUAGAGAACAAAAUCUGUAAUUAUACAAGAAUAAACAGUUUUUUAAAAAUGCGAGAAAAAAAUACCCCAAAAUACAACUUAAUUCUUGUAAUUUUCAGACUUUUGUGUCUCAUUUUUGUUUUAUAUAUAUAUAUAUAUAUAUAUAUAUAUAUAUAUAUAUAUAUUAAAAAAUAGUAAAAUAAGGAAACUAAGCGGAGAAAGAGAAAAAACGCAGCAAAACGCAUGCAUUUGACUUAAGUGCAAUACAAUGUCCUUUUUCUAAACACUCUCCAUUUGAAAGUAUUGAAGUGCUAUGUACAAACUUAUUGCUUUAUAUACAAUGUACAGUAUACACUAACAGUAUAUACAGUAUACUGUGUGUGUGCGUGCAUGUGCGUUACUUACGACAAGCUGCUUAUUAGUAUUAUUUACCCGUAAUCAUUAUUACCUGUUUUGUCGCGAUGGUGAUGAUGAAUGUGGAACGUCGAUGGCCGAGCUUUACCUGGCCUACGUCAGGGCUGGUCCCUGAAUGCAGCAUGGCUGAGCUCUCAGAGAAGCCAUGCGGUGGAUUUAUGGCAAGUUUGAAAAGAAAGAAACGCUUUGUUUUUGGGGGGGGCGAGGGGGGGUAGUUUUUGGCUUCGUUAGUUGAUCUGAAACAUAUGUUUUGAGUGGAUAUCCCAAAAUUGUCAAGGAGUAUAAAGGCCACACUACCUAGGAAAAAAACCAUCCUGAAAUCAUGAAAAUCCUUAUUGUCAGUGUCAAAAUGUGACAUGAAUAAAGUUGUGAUUAUGAAAAUGAAGUAGGUGUCAUUUUACAAAAAGAAAAGCUUUACUGUGAUGUUAAAUCAUAAUAUUACAAGAAUAAUGUCAUAGCAUUACUAAGGUUUUUUUUCAAAAAAUAAGUCGCAAUGUUAAGACGACGUACUAUUAUGGGGGGAAUCAGUGCUCUAGGAGUGGUUAUCUUUCAAGAAAAAAAAUUAUGUAAAUAUUGUACAAAAAUAUGGAGUCAUUUUACGUAAAAAAUAUUUCAUCAAGAAUGAAGUAAUCAUGAUGAAAAGGGCAAGAAAAUCUUUUAAAACUUUUAAUUAAAAUGCCUAGUUUAACAAGAAUAAGGUUGUAAUUUUUCAAGGAAAUUUGUAAUGUUUUGUAAUUAGUCGUAGAUUUCACUUAUCAACUUUAUUUUCGCAACUUUACAACUUUUUGCUGAAAACAUCAGAACUUGUCUUCUAAUAAUACAGCUAUUUUUGCAGCAUUAACUUAAUUCACGCAACGUUAGGACUUAAUUCUUGUAAUAUGACUUUUUUUGUAAUGUUAGUAUUAUUUUGAUUUUUUUUUCUUCUGAACUUUACGUCUAUUGUAACGUUACAGCUUUUUUAUUCUGUGAACGUUAUCACUUCUGUAUUUUUUUCUGAACUUUCAUUACUUUCUUGUAACCUGGCAACGUCAUAACAUUACGACUUCUCAUAACACUAUGGACAUCAUUCUCAACAUUAUUACUCUAUCCUCUUAACAUUAUUCUCAUAGCAUUACAACUUUGUUCUUGUGAAUUGACUGUUUUUCUUCUAAAAAUACGACUAAUUUCUCAUAUUACAACUUUAGUCUCUUAACAUUACAACAUUAUUUUUGUAAUACCACAACUUAAUUCUUGGAAUUUAAUGACUUAACUGUCAACACAUAUCUUUAUUCUUGUAAUAUUACCAUGUAACUUUUAAUUUUUUUCCCCUCACAACUUUCCAACUAAAUUCUCGUAAUUUUAUUUUUUUCUUAACGUGUGGCCCAAAUACUCCUUCGUUGAUGGAUAGUUGUUUCAUAUACUUCACAAAGCCAUUGUAAAGUGCAGCGGUUUUAUCAUAAUUUUAACAUUUUGAGAACAGUGGUUGACAAUCUGCAGAAGCAACUGACCUUUUUUGUCAGUAUUCCCGACUAAUUCCUUACGUAUGACUAGCAGGAUGAGGUGGUGUGUCCAUUAUUAUUAUUAUUAUUUUUUUAACUUUAUCGUGCUUGGACAAUGACUGUAAAUUGUUAACCAAAAUAGCAAAAUUGCCCAAGUCGUUUUUUAACUUACUGCUACCAAAUCAAUAAAAAUACCAAUGUACUUGCUUAAAAAUUUUGUUUUUCCUCUUGUAUCCAAAAGUGUUCAAUUUUCACUUGGGCAACUACACUAUUUGGUUGACGAAAUGUGCGUUGUGUGUGUGUGUGUGUGUGUGUGUGUGUGUGUUGUAAAGCCAGCUGAACUAUCCCUACACCACCAUUGUGUUCCUUUUUUUUGUGGAGGAGGGCGCUGCCUCCAUUUUGUGGCCUUUCUUUUUUGUAUUUACUGCACUUGUUGUACUUGUCUGACUGUUACAGGGGCAGAAAGGAGAGUUAAAAAUUUUGCAGUCCCAAAAAAAAAAAAAACCUCAGGGGUUAAAUGUUUAAGACGUACUGGCCCUUUAAAAAUACAACAAAAAGCUUUAUAAGUAAUGGAGUGUGAGUGUUUUUUUAGUUACAAAGUGAUGACUGACAAUCAUUGACUGAUUUUUGUUUUCUUUUAAUUGUAUGUAUUUGUACCCCCCAAGGAGCGUGUGUAAUGUAUAUUAAUCGUGAAUUUAUAUUUAUACAGAUAUACAUAUUUUUUUGUAUCUUUCCCGUCUCCCCACAUCACCUUGUUUUCUUCCCCCUGUGCUCUCAGAAAUUGUAUGCAUUAUUAUUAUUAUUAUUAUUACUAGCAAAGUUACUUUUUCUUUUCUACAUUCGUGUAUAAACGGAGACUUUGUUGAUGCAGCGGUCCUUUUUUGUGUCAAAUGUUAUGUAUAAAUUAAAUUAACCCACUCAGA